GCGAUUGGGUUGUCCAUCACGGAUCGUCUCGUAAAGCGCAACCUAGCAGUGUGGCCUCGAAAACUGCAUUUAUUAUUUCAUUUUUACCUUUGUACUCAUUCGUCCAUCGUAGGAAAAACUGCCCUUUAUUAGUUCUUCGUGUCAGGAUUGACUCAACUCGUCUCAGUGACCUUUGACGCGUCUCUUCUCAGACUGAGCUUGCUAGCUAGCUUAGCCUGCUAGUUAGCCUAGCUUCUUAGCUGCUAACAAAGAGACGCGGAAGUGAUGAAAAGACAUCGCUAAGAAGAGAUCAAGUUGUCCUGCAAACAUCUGUGAAGAACAUCUCCCUUUACAAGAGAAGUGGAGCAGGAGGAGCCACAGUCCUCCCCCAUUAAAAAGGAAUGGAAGGCACCACAGACCCCUUACAUUAAAAAGGUAAAGUAGGACCCACUCUCCCCUCAUUUGAAAGAGGAAGAGGAGGAACACAGCAUCAGUCAGCAGGGAGAGCAUCUUGAAGGACUGGAGGAGGUUGAUGUCACCAAGAUGCCAGUGACUGGUGUCCCUGUGAAGAGUGAAGAUGAUGAUGAACAUCUUCCUGAGCAGCAGAAGUGGAGCUUCAGGAUGGCGACGGAGGAGCCACAGCCCUCCCACAUUAAGGAGGAAGAUGCGGCGCUACAGACCCGGCACAUCAAAAAGGCAGAGGAGUACCCACUGGCCCCUCACAUUAAAGAAGAAGAGGAGGAACACAGCAUCAGUCAGGAGGGAGAGCAUCUUGAGUUCCCAGUGAUUGGUGUCAUUGUGAAGAGUGAAGAUGAUGAGGUCAAAGGUGAGAGUGAGGAGAAGAGAGGGGCGGAGCCUCCAAGCAGCAGCUCAACUCAACACAUGACAACAGAAGCUGAUGGAGACCACUGUGGAGGAUCACAAGCAGACAAGCUCUUAGCUCCACUAUCAGAUAGUGACGACAUAAGUUCACACUCUCCUGACACUGAUGAAGAAGACUCUAAAGAUGAUAAGACAUGUCACACUGCCAACACACACUUCACGUGUUCUCACUGUGAUAAAACCUUUAGUAAUCGCUAUCGGAAAGUACACAUGAGAACACACACCGGGGAAAAACCUUUUUCUUGCUCAGGAUGUGGGAAAUGUUUUUCAAGAAAAAAUGUGUUGAAAAAACACAUGCAAAUACACACUGGAGAAAAACCUUUUUCCUGCUCGGUAUGUGGUAGAAGUUUUGUGUUAAGUCAAAAUUUGAAAGUGCACAUGAGAACACACACUGGAGAGAAGCCCUUUUCCUGCUCAAUCUGUGGCAAAAGUUUUACACAAAGUCAGUGUUUGAAAAAACACAAAAGAUUACACGCUGGAGAAAAUGAUGAUGAAGACUCUAAAGAUGAUAAGACAUGUCACACUGACAACACACCCCUAGGAUGUUCUUACUGUGACAAAGCUUUUAAAUAUCCUAGUGAUCUAAAAGUACAUAUGAGAACACACACAGGAGAAAAACCUUUUUCCUGUCCAGAAUGUGGUAAAGGUUUUGCAACCAAUCAAAAUGUGAAAGUACACAUGAGAACGCACACUGGUGAAAACCCGUUUCCCUGUUCAAUAUGUGGUAAAGCUUUUGUACAAAAGAGUGGUUUGAAAAUACACAUGAGAAAACACAGUGGGGAAAACCCUUUUACUUGUUCAAUCUGUGGUAAAAGUUUUACAAGAAGUUCAAGUUUGAAAUUACAUAUGGAAAUCCAUACUGGAGAAAAACAUUGUUACUGUUCAAUCUGUGGUAAAGGUUUAGCACAUAAUAAACAAUUGAAAGUACACAUGAGAAUACACUCCGGCGAAAAACCUUUUACCUGUUCAAUCUGUGGUAAAGGUUUUGCAAAAAGUAGCAAUUUUAUAAUACACAUGAGAAUACACACCAGAGAAAAACCGUUCAUGUGUUCAAUUUGUGGUAAAAGGUUUUCACAAAGUCCACAUUUGAAAAUACACAUGAGAACGCACACUGGUGAAAAACCAUAUUCCUGUACAAGCUGCAACAAAGGAUUUUGUGUACGCUCAAAACUUGUAGCACACAUGAAAACACACACGGGUGAGAAAGUGUUGAGUUGCAGUGUGUGUGGUGAGAGAUUCUCUUCUAAGAACCAGUGUAAGAAACACAAGUGUGCUGGUGAGAACAGCAGCAGCAAAUGAAGAUGCAGGAUUUGAAUUAUGCUGUCAAAACUUGCAUUAAUAUACAGCAUUGUGUACUUUUAUGUAAAAAACAACAACAAUAUGUCUGAACAGGUGAAAGUAAACAGUACCAA